GUAAAUUAAGCCACACCUUUCUUGUUUACAUCUGUUGAAUCUGUUUUAAUUUUUGUAUUCAUUAUAAACUUUUAAAAAUGAGUGUUAUAAUUUUACUACUUUGCUCGUCAUUUUUUAUUUCAGGUGAAGCUAUUCGCUGCUAUCAAUGCAGUUCUGAUCAAGAAGCAAAAGAAGAUGAUAAUUGCGGUGCUUAUAACUCUUUUGACACAGCAAAAAAUACACCUGUUGAAUGUUUAGGUGAAGAAGCUGUUACUCCUGGAACAUUUUGUUAUAAAAGAAUUCAACAAAGUCCCAGAGGAUUUAUAUGGGAUGGACGUUGGCGUACUGUUGAAAGGCGAUGUGCACAGAUAUCUGAGAGAGGAAUUAAUUGGGGUUGUGAUUGGGGCUAUAAAGAAAACGGAGUGUACUGGGAAGAAUGUUAUUGUGCAGAAGAUGGCUGUAACAGUGGUGGUGUACUAAGGACAUCAUUAUUUUUAAUUUUAAUGAUGGUUUCCUAUAUAUUCUUUUAUUGUUAUUGUUGAUGAAACAAAUUUAAAGAUUGGGGGAAAAUAUGGGAAAUCAGAAUUGAUCAUAUGAUUUUUUUGGUAUAUGUCUUAACAUAUGAAAAUCAUAUAAGGUUGUCAGACAAAUUCAUAAUCUAGAAGACAAAGAUAAAAUGUGACAAAUAUAUAUAUAUAUUGUUUGUUUUAAUGUCUUUUUUCUGAUUUUCUCUUGUGCAUUAGAAUUAAAAUACAUAUCUUUGUAGUCUUCUUUUUGUAUAUUUAUCUAGUUUAUAUUACAUUCUCAUUUUUAUCAUGCAUUUUCUAGUUGAUUGUGAUAUAUGCAUUUCUGGUGAAAGGGUAUUUUUCAAAACGAUAGCUUUUUAUUUAUUUAUAAAAUAAGUUUUAUUUUGCAUUGGAAUAUUAAUUGUAGAGUUUUAGAUUUUUUUUAAAGUUUUCUUUUUAUACAAUACAUUUGUUUAGAUACUGUAUAGUUUUCUAUUUGUAUAUUGAAAAUGUUCCAAUUAGAGGUAGUAUUUGAAAGAUGACCGUCAAAUAGUUUUUGUUCUGUGUAUGCACGAAAUCAAUUUAAUUUGUUGAGUGUUGUGAAAAAAAGAAUAUUUUUCAUGAUGAAAAGGUGAUUUUCAAAAUUUUUUAAAGGGUUUUUAUGUGAGUAAUCAAGUGAAUUUGAAAUAAAUACAGAUUGUUCAGUUAUUAAGUUUAAAAGUACAAGGAGGUCCAUUUAUAAUAAUAAUAAAAAAUGUUGUAUACAUAAGAUAUCAAUCAGUUGCAGGGAUAAUUAUUCUAAAAGAUAAUGGAGUGUGCAAUUUUUGAUGGCAGUAAAAUCUGAAUGAAAAAUUGUUCCUUAUAUAUAUAUAUAUAUAUAUAUAUAUAUAUAUACACUUGGAGGUUAUCACAACUAAUUAAGAUUAUAAAAUUUGGAAAUUACUACUUUUGUAUGAUAGUAAAAAUUCAAAAUUCAUUUUUUAUGUGUAAUAUGUUGCAUUUCAGAAUUUGUUCUUUUAUGUUAAAUCUUAGCAUUUUAUGGUCAUCAUCUCAUGCACAAUAUUCUUUUUAUUUAUAAUUUUUUAAGUUUAAUUUCCUUGGAAAUAUGAGAACAGCAACCAUACUUCAGUGCAUUUUAUAUGUUUAUCUAAUGUUUUUUUUUGGGGGGGGGGCUCAAAUAUGUAUUUGUUUGUUUCAUAAAAAGUUAAAUUUUCUGGAUUUAUGACAUAAAAUAUGUGUGUAUGUAUUUUUCCAUUAUACCAGAAACUGACAUUCCAUUGACUCUUCGAUAAAUUUUACAACAUUUGAUAACUUUUAUAUGGAAUUGGCAACUUAUUAUUAUUAUAUGUACUUUAUUAUAUGAAAUACAUGUCAAUGUAUUUUAAGUUUUGGGGCAAUUCUAUGUGAUAACCAACAUUCCGUCCAAAACAUUAUAUUUUUUGUUCAUCAAUGUCAGAAAGUUGAUUUUUUUUUUCAUUUUAUAUUGACUAUUAAAAUUUGUAUGAUCUGAUUUUUUUUAUUUUAAUAUAAUUUAUGUCCUGUGUUUUAUUGACAUAUUGCUUGGUAUAAAAUAUUAUAAUGAAAUAAAAGUUUUUAAGAUUGG